ACUCUGCCUUCGAUUACAAUGCCUGGGGGGCGUGUUCAGGGUGCAGCAGCACCCCCUGCGGUGUGUACUGGUAACAGCCGCAGGUCAGAUGAUCCGAUCUGCAUUGUAAAUAGACAGCGGUGGCCAUGCCUUCAGAACCUCUUUAACUCAUCUUCAGCAGAGCAGGUCUUUCAACUCGGGGUCUAAUACCUUCAGACACCGCUUCUCUGACAGUUUCGGCCCAUAUCGACGUGUUAAAGUGUUAUUAAAGCAUGUACCGGUCUCUGUACGCCUUCCAAUCUACGGAGCCCAACUCGCUGCACUUCGCGGCCGGAGAAAGCUUCUUAAUCCUGGAGAGGAGCAACAAACACUGGUGGCUGGGGUCCCGCUGCAGCUCGGGGGAAACCGGCUACAUCCCCGCCUCAUACAUCGAAAAAUUACAGGCUCCAGAGCAGGAUGAAGUUUUGCAGUCAAUUGACAGAGCAAUUGAAGGCAUCCACAAUGUGGCCUUAAAGAAUGGAGGCAAAUAUAAUCUGGAACAGCGAGAUGUUCUACAAAAGUUGAUCCAUCACAGAAAAGAGACCCUUGCACGACGGAGUUCCUCCUCCUCCAGUCAUAAACAGGGGCUUCCGUCUUCCAGCAGUGAGUUAUCUCUCAGUCAGACUCCUCCUCCACCCAACGGCCUUAACCGAGACUACGGACGACAGGGAAGCAUGCCAUUAUCAGGAAGCAUGGAUAAUAUGCAGGGUGAACAGGGAUUUUACCAGGUGCCUCCUCAGCCUCGGCGUGCAGCGCCGAUCACCCCUCCUCCCCCUGAAAAACAGAGAAACAGCCGACGUCCAGCAGAACCGGAGGUCCCCUCCAGAGUGUCCUCGCUUCCUCCGUCCCCUGCCCCCUCCCUCUCAAUCAGCACCACCUCUUUAGAGUCAGGCUCCUCCCGCUCUCUGGUCUCCUUGGAUAGCAGUUUGCCAAGUGUUUCCAGCACCCCCCCUCCUCCUGUGCCAUCCCGUAUGAAGGCCCCUGCGCCACCUUCAGACGCGCUGCACUCUGACUCUCCUCCUCAGCCAGCUCCUGCAAAGAAAAGCCCAGCUCCGCAGCCUCCCCAGCCCACCCCUUCUUCACAGCCUGCUGUGGAGGACCAGCUGGAAAGCGAUUGGCCUGUUGCCCCCCUUUCUGUUGCUGAAAGCCCACCUUGCAGCCCCACUAGCUCUGAGCCGGUUCCCAUGACUAUUGGGGCUGAACUGAUCGAGCUGGUACGGAAGAACACCGACUUGAGUUACGAGCUGUCGCGGGUAGCUGUUGGUGUGGUGGUUGGCCAUCUGCAGACCGCUUUACCUCAGGCCUCCUCCGCUCUGGAGCAAGUUCUCCUCUCACUGGUGGAGAGCAAGGACUUUAGUUCGGGUCUGCCACAGGGCCAGGUGUGUCAUGAUGAGCAGCGACUGGAAGUGAUCUUCAGUGACCUCGUCCGCCACCGGGAAGAUUCCCAGCAGCGUAGCUGGGCACUUCAUGAAGACCACGCUCUGAUCGCCUGCUACCUGGAGGAGCUGCUGAAGAUACUGACUGAUGCAGAUCCAGUGGUGUGUAAGAGGAUGUGCAAGGCCAAUGACUAUGAGAAUGUGCUCUCUCUGGUUUCAUAUUAUCAGAUGGAGCAUCGUGUGUCAUUGCGGCUGCUGCUGCUCAAAGUGUUCGGGGCGAUGUGCAGCCUGGACGCUGCUCUCAUCUCCACCCUCCUCAACUCUAUCCUUCCCAUGGAGCUGGCCAGAGACCUACAGACUGACACACAAGAACAUCAGAAGAUGUGUUACACAGCCUUGGUACUGACUAUGAUCUUUUCAAUGGGCGAACAGCUGCCAUAUCGUCACUAUGAACACUUGAAUGCUGACUUUGUUGAGUUCCUGUUGGGUGUGGUGGAGGAUGGCCAUCCCUCUGAUCCUACAGAGCAGCUGCCUGACAUCUUCCUCAACCUCCUGCUGUCCUUCAACCUGCACCACACGACACCCAGCAACAACGUGAUAAUGCAGGAGCUUAAGAAGAAAAAUGUUAAGAUCCUGUCAGAGAAAGUGCUGCUGCUUCUGAACAGAGGCGACGACCCUGUGUGUAUGUUCAAACACACCCCGCCUGCACCGCACUCUGUGCUCAAGUUUCUGCAGGAUGUUUUUGCCAGCAGAUAUACAGCAGACAUCUUCUACCGCACUGACAUGAUGGUGAUGAUUGACAUCGCUGUUCGACAAAUAUCUGACCUUUCCCCUGGAGACAAGUUGCGGAUGGAGUAUCUCUCCCUCAUGCACUCCAUUAUGAACUCGACUGACUACCUGGAGCACCAGCACCGCCUGUCUGACCUCCAGGGAACGCUGCAGAGGAUUCUCAGGGAGGAGGAUGAUCCGGGAGAGGACGAAGGGAGUGCCACAGCAAAACAGAUGGAUAAGCUAAUUAUACAGCAGAUCUACAAGGAGUUCCCCCAGAUCUGUGACAACCAGAACUAAUCAUAUCAGUAUAAUGCUCACACACUGUAGUCUGCUCCCAUCUGCUGCAGGGAGGUACAAUAAAGCUUAAAAGAAGAAGAACUGAUGUUUGAUGCAUUUGUGCCAGCCCUGUACAGGUUUUCCCUUCUCAGAUGAGUUUUAUUUUACUUGUGGUGUGCAUCAAGAAGAGAAAAAUAUGACAAAUACACAAAAACCUGUAAGGUUUAGUCAACUCUGAGAUUAAAAAUUCCCCAAAUAUAUGCCAAACCUUACAUAUAACCUUUUCUCACAGUGAAUUGUAAUUUCUAAUUAGAUUAGAAAUCAUACCUGAGCUAACUAUAGUCCAAGUAUUUUGAAAAUAGAGUAACAGCAUCCACGAUGAAACCUUAUUCUAACCAAAAUAACUUUAACCAAAUAGAUUUUAGAGUAAAGUUUUGUGAUGAAACAGCAGAUUUGAGCUCAUGGUCAAAUAACAGUGCCAUUACACAAACUGCUGUGGGAAUACUCUGACCCUUUAUAGAGGGACCAAACUACCGUGUGUUGCCAUUCACCCCCCUCGUUCAUCAUAUUUAAAAUUAGAAUCAAGUAGAACAAGCUGAGCUAGUGUAGUAUCAUUGUGAGAAAAAGCACACGCUGACCUGUGUUAUCAGUAUCAAGCUUGUAGCUGAGUAACUCGCUGCUACAUAUUGAGUCUCUCCUGUGACUCUGCAGUUUUCUCAGUCUGGUACUUUUGUCUCGUCACUGCUUUUCAAACAUUUAAAGGUGAUCGCUCUGCACUGCACAUAUGCAAAGCUUCUUAAGCAUUUGAAGUCAGAUGACGGUUUACAGAUUAAUGUCAGUUGGAUUGAUGGGUUUUUGUCCGUAUGCUGCAUUCACAUUGAGCCUAACUGUGCUGCAAUAAGGCUUUCUAACAACUUGCUGUAAAAUACUGAGUCUUGGCUGAUGUGAGGGAAAUGUGUUCCACAGCUAUUGUCUGAAAACAUAAAACAUUAGCCAGUGUUGUUGAUUUUCACAUCAUCUAAUGCUUCUGUGACAAGGAAGAGGAAAUAUAGGGCAUUUCUUUUAUCUCCUUGUGGUCUUAUACUUUCCUUGUUUCUUCUCUGUGAUAAUGUUCAAUGAUGUUCUCCCAUCUUACACUUUAACUUCUCUGUUUUUGUUCCUGGCAUGGCUCUUCUGUCUAGUUUCUGAGAAGGUGGACACAAUCCAGAUAUGAUAUCAAAUUUUAGUUCAUUCAUUGAUUAUUUGUGUCUGGUUACAGAGUGUGAGAGAAAGAGAUAAGCGUCUCCUUUCCAUUGUUAUUGGCUGCAAAAGUGCUACGACUGCGCUAUAAUGAAACUAAUAAAGCUAUAUUUUAACAGUGGGUGUGGUC